AUGUCCAUGAACAAUUCUAAACAACCAGUGUCUCCUGAAGUGGGGUUCAUUUCAAAUACAACCUGCCAGACAGAAAACCGACUUUCAGUGUUUUUUUCAGUAAUCUUCAUGACAGUAGGGAUUUUAUCAAACAGCCUGGCCAUUGCCAUUCUCAUGAAGGCAUAUCAACGAUUUAGACAGAAAUCCAAGGCAUCUUUUCUGCUUUUGGCUAGUGGCUUGGUGAUCACGGAUUUCUUUGGCCAUCUAAUUAAUGGAACUAUAGCAGUAUUUGUCUAUGCUUCUAACAAAGACUGGAUCCGCUUUGACCAAUCAAAUGUCCUUUGCAGUAUUUUUGGUAUCUGCAUGGUAUUCUCUGGUCUGUGCCCACUUCUUCUGGGCAGUGUGAUGGCCAUUGAGCGAUGCAUUGGAGUCACUAAACCAAUAUUUCAUUCAACAAAAAUUACAUCAAAACAUGUGAAAAUGAUGUUGGCUGGAGUAUGUUUGUUUGCUAUCUUUAUAGCUUUGCUCCCCAUCCUUGGGCUCCGAGACUAUAAAAUUCAAGCAUCGAGGACCUGGUGUUUCUACAAAACAGAACACAUCAAAGACUGGGAAGAUAGAUUUUAUCUUCUGCUUUUUUCUUUUUUGGGUCUCUUAGCCCUUGGUGUUUCAUUCUUGUGCAAUGCCAUCACGGGAAUUACUCUCCUAAAAGUGAAAUAUAAAAGUCAGCAACACAGACAAGGCAGGUCUCACCAUUUCGAAAUGGUCAUCCAGCUCUUGGCCAUCAUGUGUGUCUCCUGCAUUUGCUGGAGUCCAUUUCUGGUGACUAUGGCCAACAUUGGGAUAAAUGGAAAUAAUUCUUUGGAGACCUGUGAAACAAUAAUUUUUGCCCUCCGAAUGGCAACGUGGAAUCAAAUCUUAGAUCCUUGGGUGUAUAUUCUUCUGCGGAAGGCUGUCCUUAAGAAUCUCUACAAGAUUGCUAGGCGCUGCUGUGGGGUGCACGUCAUCAGCUUACAUAUUUGGGAGCUUAGCUCCAUUAAAAGUUCUCUGAAGGUGGCCGCGAUUUCCGAGUCACCACUUGCAGAGAAAAUAAACCAUGAGACACCUAGUUUAGCAGAACAGCGAUUGAGUGCAAAUUUACCACAAAAUUAA